AAAAAAUGUCCCCCGUCGAUAGUAACGUCUUUUAAAACGCUUAUUAUCACGUUGGAAAAUGUCGUAAAUAAAAUUUGUUCGCUUUCAUCGCUGCAACAUCGUUGAUUUCAUGCUGCUCGUUCGUAUACGAUCGAAGUAGGGUCUUUGAGACGCAUUGUCGGUCGUAGAAAUCGCAGCAUCGCAUCACGAUGAAUUCGUGCAGAAAGAAGAACGAGGAGGUAUUGGCGAAGGUCUUGGACUUAUUCCUACUGCCGGAUUACAACGUCGUCUCGCUAACCUACUUGGAUCAUCUGCUCACUCACAUUGCGGAAAACACGAAGGAAUGCGCUACAGUUGAUUAUGAGUAUUAUGAAGUCUUUCAAGAAUGGAUAUCCAAGGCUUUAACGAUAUGGGAGACUGGACAGAAGGCUUCGCACCCUGUGAUUACAUUUACGCUGAAAUUAGUGGGGAUUAUCUCACGGCAUGAGCUACGUUAUCACUACUGGCACUGCCAGGACGUGUACAAUCGACUCUAUAAAAUUUUACAGUUGCACAGAGAGGAUUUGCCUGCGUCCAUUAAAAUGGCAUAUACCAUAAUGCUAUCAGACUUGAUUGUCCAUCGAAGCGGCAGACAGUGGGUGAUACAGUCUGGUGUAUGGGAGGAUGUUGUAAAGUAUGCACAUUGGAAUCAAACGAUGUACGUUACCAGGGAGAGUCAGAAAUUCUUAUGGACCUUGUUACUGCAUGAACAUAAGAACAUCGAGGCUUGUAAAGAGAUCAUUCUGACAGUUGCUGCUCCUCUGAUGAGCAAUAUUUUGGAUGGACAAAUGCACCAGGCUCUGGAAACGUAUCUGGAACAGAACAAGCUGUUGUGUUCCACGUUGAAUUUAUUGACUAACAUCCUGGAGAACACUCUGUUCGCAAGUCUAGACAAUAGCAUUCCCGAAUUGAUCGAAAGACUUGUAGACCUUGAAAUGCGGGUGAAGGCGUUGUUCGAAGCCUGUAUCAGUACUAGAUUCCUGCAACAUGUGCACAAACUAUUACUAUUGUCGCUGUUCUUGAAACUGAAGCAAGGAAUUAAGGAGCACACCACAGUGAUCGAAACCGAAGCAUGGCACAAGUUCUGCUACGGUAUGUGUUACAUUUUUAUGAUGCUGUUAUCGAAGAAGGACAUUAUAGAACUAGUGAAGAACAACAAGUUCUCUAUGACAUAUUGGAAGAAGCUGCUUGCGUUACAUGAAUUUGUUCUGCCGGAGCAGCAUAAGUUCGAGCAUCAAGCUAUCGCCAUAAUGAUAAUACCACUGUGCGUGUGUAUAAAGAAGAAUCAUUUGAAUCACGAUCUCUUUGAUAUGUUUAUUAAUAAAAUUUUCGACGUAACAUGUGUGCCUGUACAAAGAUUACUUUACAACAUGAGGGACAUUAUACGAAAGAGUGAUCUUCCGAUGGAGCAAAUUUGUAAAGUUUCUAUCGAUCUACUUCUUGAGAUAUCAGACAUAAUGGACAGAGACGUCGCUGUAAUCACUUUCCAAGCUUUAAGCCACGUUUUGAAAAGUUACAUGCCGGACAUAUGGGGGUGUGGGCAAGCGAGAAACUGCACGUCAGACGUAAAUAGCACCUCUCCUUCGGAGCAUCCACGAAAACUUCUGUACAAAUCGAUAUUGGAUGGUGAUCCCAUAGUCGACUCUCCUAUUCUAUUGGCGUCGCUGCUCGAUGGCUUGGCUGUCAUGACAGAAAAAUUCAAACUGAAAUGGCAGGAAUGUGUGGAAACGAUAUGUAUGUUGUCCCUCGCACAGGAGAUUCUCAAUCAUCCCGGAAUAUUACCAACGAUUUGUGUGAAAGCAUUGAAAUUGUGCAAGCUCGCCAUCCAUAACUUUAUGCCGCCUAAUUUGGCAUUACUCGUGGAUUCGGACAGCAACAUGAACGAGAUUGGACCUACGCUCUUUAAAAGAUUGCACGAUCCCAACUGGGAGGUGCGAGACAGUGUCCUCGAGGUUCUCAACACCAUCGCGACUAUUUCUGAAGACAAAUAUCCGGCAUUCCAGGAUUUUCUGUUGAUCAAUCAGUUUCCAACAGUGGCGGUCGAGAUCAUUAAAACAGACAACGAGAGUUACGUGCGAGCGUCAGCGUUAACAUUUAUCGCGACUAUGGUACGCAUCAACAAGCUGUGGGAGCUGCAAUUGUCGCAAAAAAAUUUAACCGAAACGGCGAUUUAUCUACUCAAAGACGAGAGCGAAGCGAUAGUCAGAAGAGAUGCUGUGAACCUAAUUAAGGAAUUGUAUGUUCAUCAGAAGUGGUCGAAAGAAAUCAUUGAUUCAAUGUUGCGAGCGAUGUGCAUGGCAGCUGUAUUUGAUCUGCACUGGGAGGUGAAGACGAAUGCAUUAUCCUUCUGGGAUCACUUUGUUAAGUCGCACUUGACGGAUCAGGGAAUGCUUGAUGACUCAUUCCCAAACGUAACAUUCUCCAAGGAGCACAGAAAGAUCGUAGCAUUGAACGAAACCGAAAUUAAGCGAAGGCUUAAUAAAGCACUAGACGAGUUGGCCAGGCAAAGUUGCCUAGGAGUACUUCUGGUUACUCUGAAGGACGAUAGCGAUUUCGAGGUGUGCAAAGCGUCCGCCGCGAUAAUCAGCAAGUUAAAAACCUGCUUACUCAAAUACAAAUUGAACGAACCGCCGUCGCCGGUCGAAAACCACGCGACUAUAGACACCGUCUAUGUUAAAGAAACAUCGCCCGUUUCCUCGACUAUCUGUGACAAGAAAUCACGAAAUGCCUCAAACGUUAUUGAGGAAAUCGUGGACGCAAACGAUGCCAAUCUGCUCGAAACCAUCUAUGAGAACUCCAUGAAUAUGGACGCCGAGAUGACGAUAGAGGAAGAAGAGAAAGAGGAGAAGAAAACACUCCGUUACAUCUCGUCCGUAACCCGCCAGGAUUUCCUCCAUGCGAUCUUCAACUGUGACAUUGAUGCUUAUAUCGAGGAAAAGAAUCGCUGGCUGAAGACCUAUACCAGUAGCUUUGAGUCGAUUUUAGACGACAUACUGACGAUGCAUAAGCAGAAUGACGUCAACUCGAUGGACUGCUAUUGA